AUGAAAUCGAUGAAUCUGCGCUUUGGCUGCUACGAGACGGGCUGGUGCGGCGAACGCAACGAAUUUCCCGCGGAGCUACAGAGCGAUCCAUCUGCAACCCGGAUCUGCUACCCGACCGUCCUGAAGCGCUACAUCCUCGGCAAGGGCAUGUACAAACCGUGGUGCUCCGACCCGCACGCGUACCCUAGCGAACCGCAGAACGUCGCCAGCUGGCCCUGCUUGAUCCCGCCGUUCUGCAAGCUCACCGAGCCGAAAAUCCACGAUGACGAGAAAUACCUGAAGCCGCUGAACGAACAGGGGAUGAUCGCCCCGUGCAUGGACAUUUGCCCUCCGAAUGAGAACGGACGAGGGCUUACCCGGGAGCCCAGCUGUCGAGCAAUCCCCAGCAAUCCCGAGAAGGACUACUUUGGUGUCCUUGAUGUUACGGCAAAACUCGACUGGUGUAGCGAGGAGAACUCGAGGCUGAAGGACCCGUGGGCCCUCACACCACCGUGCAACCCGAUUCCGAACUGUCGGGGCAACACGUCCCCUCGUGAGCCGGAGUGGCGCGACAACGUGCUCCGCUACGACAAGGAAGUCGACGGGAUUGCGUGCGUCGUCUACAAGCCGUGCUACGACCUCGACGACGAGGCCAAAAAACUGUAUCAUUGUUCCGACGUGAGCACGACGACCAGCACGAAGAAGAUCACCACCACCACCACGGCCAAGACGACGCCCACCACGACGAAGGAGCCGGACACGCUGAUGAGCGAUGAGCUCACUUUGGUGGCUGCGCUUGUCGGAGCCUUGGUGCUGAUCAUCAUCGUCGUCAUCAUCGUGCUGUGCUGCUGCCUGAAAAAGAAGAAGAGGGGGCAACAACUCCAAGAAGCCCGUCGUCGACGAUAUGGAAUAGCUCAUCUACCUACCCGGCGACCCCAUCAACUUGAUGACGUUCGGCGCAACAGCCAACCUUCAUCA